UCAGUCUGUUCUGGGGGCGUGUGUUUGACCGGCUUUUCAGAUAGUCUGAAACAAUGAAUAGUCAGACGAUGUAAAGCACGCACGUUGGGCUCGUAACUUUAGGACGUUUUAGCAAAGAAAUCGUUUUUCCUUUUGCUCGCCGCUAUUCGAGUCUGUAUUUAUCAGGAACUAUCAAGUGGAUCUAUACACUUUAUGGCAACGAAGGAUUAGCAGUAAACUCAUUUUCUUCGACGAGUUUGAUAAAACGAGGUCGAGCACCGGCUAGCCCCUCCUCGCUACUCACACAAGGCGUCAUUUUAUUUGUUCACGACUAGGCUAACAAUCUGUCGCCAAAGACAAAGAAGGAAAGCAAUGGCUGCCUAUUCUGAUUAUUUUGCUGCCGAGUGUCUGGUGUCUAUAUCCAGCGGCCCCGUCCUGCAUAGACCCACCCCGGUCGUCCCCGCCACCCUGCCCGCCUCGGCGGGCCUGCUAACCCAUGAGCCAGAAGGGUCGAGCGAGGACAGGGAGGUGCGCGAGACGCUGAGACUCGAGGCCACCAACAUGAUGACGGUAGCCGGGAUCCUCACCGACCUCCACGGCAAGUUCCGCCCCAUGUCGGCCUACUCGGAGAGCAGCAACUCGUCCUGCGGGGAAAGCGGCUACACCACGUUGUCCGACUCGACCACCCCUACCAUGACACCGUCGGCCACCCCGGUCCCUGGGCCCUGGGGAGGAGCUCCCCCCCGGUCCCCGGUCAAGCGACACCAAUGCACUUUCGACGGAUGCGACCGAGUUUAUGGGAAAUCGUCCCACUUGAAAGCACACAUCCGAACCCAUACAGGGGAGCGGCCAUUCCCGUGCACCUGGCCCGACUGCGAGAAAAAGUUUGCCCGCUCAGACGAGCUGGCCCGCCACACCCGCACGCACACAGGGGAGAAGCGCUUCCUCUGCCCACUCUGCGACAAGCGAUUCAUGCGCAGCGACCACCUGAUCAAGCACGCCCGCCGUCACCCCGAUUUCAUGCCCUCCAUGUUGGGGCGAAACAAGGGGGCUGUCACCCCCUCCUCUUCCUCCCCUGCUCAAGGGCAGGGCAGUGCUUCGAGCCACACUCUCAUAUAGGCCAGUAACCAGUGCGGUGGGGGGGGGGGGGGGGGGGGGCUUCGUGGGUCACAGCAGCACAAAUGGGGGUUUAAAGAAAGUUAACCAGCUACAAUCAGAUCAAUGGCUCGGACCUAGCAUGUACACGUGCACACGAGAGUAGCACUGGCUCACCCUCACUGAAUUUAAGUGACCACUACAUGCCUACUUGACAGAAUCUCACUUUCUCAGAAGAACUAUAAAUGAAACAAAUAGUAAGACACAGAAAAAAUUGCAGGGAUUCUGAACUUUUUCUGUAUAAAGCUGCACAUCACACACAUCAGCCAAAUUAUGUCCUACAAUUUAUUUUAUUAUGACUUUUUUUCCCCUUACUGUAGUGUUCUCUACAUUUGAUUGGUAACCAUUUUGUGACGUUAGAUAGUCAGGCAAAGAAAAAAUGGAAGCUAACUAGCUUUCAUUUUCUUUUAAGCUUUGCUUAUUCCAUAGCCUACGUUUUUUUAGAAGUGUCACAUUCCAUGUUUGUUUUAACUGUAGCUGUUUCUUUUGAGUUGAAUUAUUAACUGCAACUGUAAAAGCCACGUCUUUAAAAUAUUUGUCCUGUUAAAAAGCCUUGGUUGAAGGGCAGAUCUCUUGGUCACUCUGCCGCAGGGUACUCUGUAGAACAGCCAUCGGCUCUGCCUCCUUGUAGAUCAACCUACCAUCAUGAAACGAUGACCCGUUAAAUACAUGGUGGUAUUCUGCCUAACACUGAUGCAAAUUAAUUUACGCUUUACGCUUUUUAAUGUAGAUGAACAGUAAUGCUACUUGCCGCGAGUAACAUGUGAUUUAUUGUAGUCCUUACAUUAGGGUUUGAGUGUACGCUUUAUAGGAUGGCACUGCUUGCAAGUGUGUGUUUUUGUGUGCGUGUGUAUAUGUGUCCAAAUUCACAUUUCUGUAAGCAAAAGAACUGGGCAUGCAAAAAAAAGACUUGCAUUUUAUAUAAAACAAAGCUGGCACACUGGCAUCCCCCCCCCCUGGCAUCGUGGAUGUGAAAGCAUGCAGCAGAAUGCAUUGCUGAUGCAGGCAGUGUCUUUCCUCUUCAUGUUGCAUUAACAGAAGGAUCACGCAUAAGGCAAAGAAAUGCAUCAUUUGGAAAUUUCAGCACGGUCUGCAUCUAUUAAGAAUAGAAAAUAUAGUGCCGUGUGUACAUUUGAUUAAAACUAGAUUUUUUUUUCCCCCUUGUAAUUGAUUUUGGCCAUUCCCCAAAUAUAAUCAUCCACAUGUUUUUUUUGAAGGAGGAGGGGAAAUGCCUCUGGAGAAAAGCGGUUGAGUUUAUCAAGCAAACCUCUUGACUAAAUUAAGCAUAUGAAAGUACAUACUGUGUCUUGUCUGGUUCUGGCUACUGAGAAGUUUUAUUUCGCAAUUGUCUCCACUGUGUGUACUGUGUGACUGACUCGUUAUUUCUUUAUCUCAGUGAACAACACUUCAGGAAUUUCGGAAAGCCUUAAAACUUCGUCAUAGUUACAAUGUACCAUGUUUACAGCUGCGGAUCAUGUUACAGGUAUCUGACCCCUCGUUAAGGGGGUUUAUUUACAAAUUCUCAUAUGCAAAAUCGCACUUUGUUUUCUCACAGGUGUUUUUAAAAUCCUAUUUCGGCUCACUAGUAUGAUGGCUUGCGCUGUUUCUAUGAGCAAACACUGUGGCGUUCUUUUGAUAAUGUAUAUCAAUAAUCAAUGGCUUAUAAAACUGCCUUUGUAAAAGUGCUUUAGAAGGUGUGGUAAAAAGAAAUGUGGUGGGAAUUUUUGAUUUGAAUUGGGUUUGUUUCGUUCUUUGCUUGUAUUUAGUUAUUGGUGCCAACAGUGCAUCGUUAUUGUAGGUUGUGUGUGGCUAGAAAUGUUUUUGCAACAUUUAUUUAGUGUUCCUGGACCAUAUGUUUUUUCUACAGUAACAUUUAAUGGCCGACUGCUAAUGUCUUCCUUUUAUAUCACAAAUCAAACAAAAGGCUUCAUUUAUUCAUUUUGCUGUAUGAACUUUGUGAUUGAGUUAACUAGAUGUGUACUCAUUGAAAUUAAUUGCAAUGCGAGGGAAUGUUUUUUCUACACACAUGUUUUUCUUUCCAACUGUAAAAUCUGUUUAUAGUUCUUGGUCGCUGCUGGCAGUAACCUCGAGCACAUGGACUCUGUAGACACUGUCAGAAAACAAACAAAAAAUUAUAUAUCACUAUUUCCAUAUGUAUUCUUUACCAAAUGAAUCUAUUUCUGUGUAUCUGUUUUUAUUAUUUUGCAGAUAUGCUGUAUCUCCACAGAUUAAUUUGUGGAUCUUAAAGCUAUAUCAACAAUAAGGGUUUACCUCAUUCACAAAGUGGGGCCUUGUCUGGCAACACUCAGGAUUAUCAAUAGAAAAGAUUCCCUCCAGACUUGAUUUGACUUAAACUUAUUGAGACUUUGGUUUGAACGUUCAUUUUUCCUCUUUCUUAUUAAUUGAGUGUUCACUGUUAGACCAAUGUUUUAUAGCGUAUGCUUUUCUGUUUCAAGCUGUUUAUUUAAUAUUGAGUGAUUUCUUCAUUUCUUUUAUUUUGUGUGUCAUACACAUCCAUAAACUGUCUCUCUUCUGGUAUAUCUGAACCUAUCAUCGAACCUCUUCUAGCUCCUCUGGGUACUCCAUCUUACUGGUCCCAAUUGCACAUUCAUUUUCUUGGCCGAUUUGUUGCAUUAGCUGCGUCUUUUAUAAGCAGGUGAAUUAUCGAGCUGUAGCAGGUUUACUCAAGGUACUUAUUUGUAAAUGACAGGUUGAUUUUGUUUCUUUAAACCUGCUUGAUGUUGAAGAAAUAUCAGUGAUAUUCUGAAGUUCAAAGUUUAAUCGAGGCUAAAAGGGCUCCAUCUAAGUACUUCAUUAAUGUUACUCUGUAUCAUUAAUGCAUCAAUUGAUAAUGUUAAAAUCUCAUCUUCAUUGACUGGUCUUUUAUUUUCAUUUUCCCAACUGUUAUUUUCUUUAUACACAAUUUCAGAUAUGCACAUUGUACAGAAUGCUUUUUUAAAAUUGAAGCCCUAAUAUUUACAUUAAAAGAAAAAAUAUUUGAAUUCUCUUAUCAAAGCUUUAGUUCUCUUCCAUACGAGGAACUGUGGAACUUAGUCCUGAAACAUGCCGUCUGGAUGUGAAUAUCCGGGUGUCUUACAUUUCGAGGAUUGCAGUGUCAAUAUUUCCGGUGCUGCACCGAUGUACAAGCAUGGCUUUCCUUUGUUUAUGCUGAUUAAUUUAUUACAUCGUCAUUUGUGUGGUUAAAUUAAUUGUUUUCAUAACUAAUUUUCGUGAACUAUUUUUAAAUGGUUCCUUUUGUUUGCUUGGAAUUAAACUACCAAUGCUUUUUCCUUUUUUUUUUAAAUAAACUUAUGUUGAGUAUUUGGGGCUUAUUUAUUUAGAAAUUGUUUCAUUUGGGAUUAAAGGUUGGGUAUGGGAUUUGCGAAACGUCAUCAGAUUUUGAAAAGACACAACUCAAAUGGUCCUACCCCCUCCUUCAACGCUGAUUCUGACUCCACCCAUUCCAAGUACAUGGACGCGCAAUCAUGCACGAGCGAACACAGAUGCGCGAGAGCGAGCCAUUAGCUAGUUAGCUAGCUCCAGUAGCUACCGCAGGAUAAAAACAAACAGAAGCUUGCUCUGGGUCACGAGCUUUGAGUCCGUGCACGAAGGGGUCGCGCGGGGGGAGGGGGAGUGCAGUACGACAGUAAGUUGAUUGACGUACUUACUGUCCAAUGCCACUCGGUGGGUCUGGAAAUCAUUGGCUGGAGUUUUUCGAGCCCUGCCCGUUCCACAGAUGAUUGACUUGUUUAAUUUUCAUGUCAGUACUUCUAACUCAGUGGCUGUAAGUGGGUUAUGAUAAGGAUUUCAAGUAAUUUUGCAAAAAUGGCCAAAAAAGAGAAUUUCAUUCCCAAUCUUUAAGGGACAAUGUUGACCCCCAUAAGACACAUCAGAUAAGCAAAGCAAAAAUAAACCUGGACAACUCAGCCAUACUUCAGAACAGAGAAUUUACAGGUUUUUGUGUGUAAAUUACAGACAUGUGAUGGCACUUGAUCGAACUAUGGAUUCGUUAAGAUAUCCAUUCUCGUCAGGGGAUAAAAGUUCAUCCCUGUUGCCACUGGGGGACAGUUUGUGCCCCUCCCUCUGUGCAUUGGCAGUUGCUGCUGGUUUAUCUGUCAGCUGCCAGGGCCCCGCCCUGUGCUAAUCGCGUCCCCUCUCCCAGUACGUAACCACGGCCUCAUCGUCCCAGAUGGGGGAGGUCCCGGUGUCGCUAAUGUAGCCCGGCUGGCCUGUGUAGUGACUGGGGAAGAGCAGCAGGGAGUCCGCGGAGAAGGCCUUCUGGUCCGCCGCUCAAAAUGUCGCAGGUAGUAAAAAUAGAUGUCGAGUGACUAAAAGGCCCCUCUUUUAUUUUAUUAAUUCGUUUUUCAGUUGUGAUGUUGACUUUCAGCCGUUUCAAAAGCAUUGUUGUCACACUUAAGUAUGAGUUGUCAGAAGCACUGAUGGGUUAUGUAUGAAUUAGUGCAUUGACUUGGGGUACUGGUUGAACAUGAUGGGCAGGCACUUGUCGAUUAGGCAGCAUCUUCCUAGGAGGCUUGAGUCCAGAAGCUUGCUAGCCCCCUUCAAAGACAGGACGUAAUCCAGGGUCCAGUAGGAGUAGUCGGGGAGAACCAUGUCUCUGACCCUCGGUACUCAGGCUUCUCGCUCUUUCACUUGUAGCCACUUGCUACAAGUCCAUGUAGCUAGGCAUAAAUGGAGAGGAAGCACUUUUUUAAACAUUUUUUAUAAUAGCAUAUUAUAGUCUGGUUGAGCGGCCAUGAGGUUAGUAACGCUACUUCGUGGCUCCCCGACCCUGAUGCCGUAAAGCAGACUUUCAGAAGUUUAAAUGAUUUAAAAGUGAUGUGAUGUGAUUAAGGAGUCGAUAUGCCCAGACAGAAACGGAAAACCACCGUACAGGCAAAAAAACCGACCCCUCCGGCUGAGGAAAAUUCAGUCGACGAGACAGCUAGCGGCAGCCUUAUUGAGCCUGAUGAUUUGACCCGAUAGGUGGCAGGCAAGAUGGCUGAUUUAUAAAUUAUACUCCAGACACUGAGAGACUUUCGCCGGGAGAAUGGUGUCGCUCUCUGAGAAAUUGAGGAUUUUAAAACAACUAACGACGACUCAACGAGGUUGAAAAACUGAAUGUCCGAAUCAGAAGUAAGAAUGUAGGUUGUGGAAGUAGCAGGCAUUAGAGGUGCUGGAACUACAGGAAAAACUGGAGGCCAGGCUAAUAGAUCAAGAGGGACCGCCAAGACGGGAGAAUUUAAGAAUUCAUGGCAUAACGGGCCGAAAAUAAUUCCCCAACGAUUUUUGGAAAUGUUGAGAUAAAAGCUGGGAUUUCCCGCCUCCACCGAACUCGAGCUUGAACGAGCCCACAGUUCCCUGGGCUGAAGCCACCACUUUGAGUCCCUCCCUCGAUCUAUUGUGGUCAAAUUUUCCAGUUUCUAAACCAAAGAGGCAUAUUUAAAGUUGGCCUGGCAGAGGAAGGGGUUUAUCUAUCAGGAAAUGAUGACUACGCCCGGGAGGUCCUCAGGAAGCGACGCAUAUACACAGAGGCAACACGAGUUCUGAGGGUCAACAAACUGUGCUUUCAAACACCGUUCCCAGCCAAGCUGAGGGUAUUUCAUGAAGAGGAGACCUGCGUGUACAACUCAGCGGUGGACGCCACCGGGAGGUGAGGGCUCCCAGUACCAGUCUAGAAGCCGGCAGUGAGCUGGGCCGACAAGACCAUAGGUUGAUGUGGCAUACACCUUGGGCUGCAAGAGAAGAUGAACCUGGAGAAGCCUUGCGACAGGGAUACUAAAAUAAACUUGAGGCUUUAGAAGAGAUGAGUGUUAUUUACGGUUUAAUUGCUGGACGUUCACUACAACAAGGUAAUUUUUUUUUUUUACUUGACUUGACCCGG